AUGGCCGAUUCACCAACCACUGAAAACAAAGCUGCACCAGCUGAACAGGUCAAAAGAAAUACAAUUGUUAUAGGGAUAUCUGGGCCUUCUUCAAGCGGGAAAACCACCCUUGCCCGUCUGCUUCGGACGGUAUUUACACCGGAAGAGAAGGCUGAGACGGGGCCUGGAUAUGCAGAUUCAGGCCCGAUUGGAAAAUAUGCGCCGAAUGGAGGAAGUGACAGAGACAAAAAAGACCUGAGUGUGUUCAUUGUCCAUGAAGAUGACUUUUAUAAGCCAGAUGAUCAAAUACCGGUGACAACCACUGCCUCGGGACAACGUGUCCAGGAUUGGGAUACCAUUGGCGCUCUUGACGUGCGACAGCUCUCGUCUACGUUAUCGUAUGUGCACACGCGUGGCACUUUACCACCACGCUUAAAAAGCAAAGAGGAUCUGAAUGCAGUUACAGAUUCAGGGGUUGAUGACGACACAAUUCGCCGUAUUCGAGGGAAUGUUACGCGGAGGUUGGAGGACAUUUUAUCAGACGGGCAUACAAAAGGGAUAAGGCAGCAGUCUAAGGAAUCGGGUGGUGAUUCGUUAUCAUUAUCACUUGCGUUUCUAGAAGGGUUUCUUCUCUAUGCGCCGCCAGACGACGAUAAGCACCCCCUUCGUGAUGUUCAUGAUCAUAUACACGUCCCCUUGUUUCUGCCCGCGAAGUAUUCUGUAAUGAAAGAGCGGAGAGAAGGCAGGACAGGAUACGUCACUAUUGGCCCCGCGCCUACACCUGAAUUGAAUCCACAGAAUACGAGUGGAUCUAAGGAGUCAAGCGACGAUGGUGGCGGUGGAGGCGGGGCGGGUGAUGAAACUAAAGCGUUUGAAGAAGAUGAUGAUAGCCUUCCACCUGGGAAUUUCUGGACUGAUCCUCCCGGCUACGUCGAUGAUAUCGUUUGGCCGCGCUACAUCUCUGAUCACGCAUGGCUGUUGCUUCCUGACCCGGAAGUUUCGAGAAGCCUGGAGCAGUUGAAGAUUGAGGUGGGUGAGGGAGAGGACGUCAGGGAGGAUGUUGGCGUUUUGGUGGCGCCGGGGAAAGGAGGGGCUAGUAUGACGGAAUUGUUGGAGUGGGGAGUAAGGGAGGUUUUGCUUGAGAUCGAGAGGGUGGCACGUCCGUUUUUCACUUUUCGACAUAACUCGAUAUUAACCAUCUUGGGUCGUCAGGCAUUGUCCGUCAUUGUUCCUACUGUUGGUUUUUGGUGGAAGCCUUUUGAGAGCGUUUCGUGGGGAUCCGCAGAAACCCAGUUUUUCAGAAUCGGAGAUUCUAGAGAUUCAAAUGCCCUUCGAAGUUGCAUUUUACAAGCUGGCCCUGGAUCCCAAGAGGCUGAAGACAGAUUUAUUAUAAAAGCUACCGGCCAGAGCAGACACCAAUCGCGCGAGAUCAGAUCUAAAUUUGGUCAAUCUAUACCUAGUAAUCACGACCUCCUCGAGAGAAUGGUUAGGUUGACGGUUCUCCCGCUGCAAACGGCGACAACGUUGAUAAAUUUAUUUUGCGGCAGUCUUGUCUUUGCUCAGUAUGAGGAUAGGAGCCCUCUCGCGUCUGGUGAUCUAGGAUGGAAAAUUACGACCCAGUCUGGGACCAAGUCCGCGAUGAGAAUCAUCUGUGGCUCUGGAGAAACGGUCACGAAAUCAGAGAGCUAUUACACUUGCUGUCCGACGACUGUGAAAGCACCCUGCGCGCUCCCGACAGCGUGUUCGGGUAACACCCUUCUUUACGCCGACGGCAAGAAACAGGACUGUAAGAACAAUUUAUGUGCUUCGGUUCUCUUAUACGAAAGGGCGCCGUCAGAAAAUUUGCUAGGAACGCAACUAGUCUGCAGGUACGGGCAGCUCGGAGACGCCUCUCCGUGGACAGUGUAUAGGAACUUUCCCGACUCUACCGCAUCUACAUUCUCUACCGGAUCCAACGCGACUGAUGCAGCACCCGCUCCUACGGCCGGAUUACCACAGGUGACAAAUUCCGACAGCCCAGUUCCUCCAUCCCCUGAGCGACCUAGCAGCAAGGCGUGGAUGGCUGGCGUUGUUGUUGGAAUUCUGGCUGGUGUGACCUUAAUUGUGCUAUUGGGAUUCUGUAUCGCACGUCGAAAGUUCCAAUGGAAGCCCUCAUUACCCAAGGACGACGAUACGGCUCCUGUCAACAGACCAUCUGCCGAUGACAAGGAGGAUGCGUAUAGUACAGAUCAAGCGGUGGAAUUGAAUGGUUAUGGACGGGCGGAGCUUCAUUUUGACCAACGACCGGUGGAACUGAGCCACUUCGGGACCAAUGUGGUUGAGAUGCCGGUGCAGCAUGAUCGGGGGUUUGUGGCGGAAUUAGAUGGGGCGACGUCACAGCGAUGGCAUGGUUAA